UAUUAGUGUCAAGAGUCUGAAGUCCAUGAGACUGCAGUGCAAACUGAUUGUAGUUUUCUGUUUAGCUUAGUCUAGUGAACAUGAAUAAAAACACUCAGGGAGAAUAUUUCAUAGCUCAAAAUUAGAUAUAUGGUGUGAAAUCAGCUUGUGAUAUAAAAUCAGUGGGACUAUAGUAAAUAGUGUUCCUGUUACCUCUGCUUAUCAUUGUUGUGAAGGCUGCGAUGGCUUUAACAGUAUCUGGUCUUGUAAAUGCCCUGGAAUCCUACAGAGGCAGAGACAGACUGAUGCGCACACUUUGUUACAGCUGCCAGCUGCUAGGAGGAUUACUGACACAGAAAAGCAGAAGAAAACAAGAAUUAGGAAAGAGCCUUCUGAUUGUGACUUCCCAACUCAGCCACUGCAGGACAGUCCUUCGACUCUUUGAUGACCUUUCAAUGCUGGCUUACUCAAAGCAGUAUGGUCUGGGAAAGAAAGAAGAAGAUUGCCUUAUUAGGUUGAUAUCUGUGAUUGGAAAUAUGUGUGACCAGCUUUACUAUCCAUGUGAGCACGUGGCAUGGGCUGCUGACGCUGGUGUUAUUCGCACAAAGUCUGAAAAAUGGUGGACAGCCAGCACUGCACUGUGGGGUCUGUCUCUACUUUUAGGAAUUUUGAGAUCUUUGAGAAUUUUAUCUACAGUAAGACGCAAAGGAAAAAAAUUUGAGAAGGACGCUCCAAAGAGCAGAGGAGAAAUCAAAUGUCAAGUGAGAUCAGAGGUUCUUGGUAUAAUCAGUUGUCUCUGUGACCUAAUUAAUGCCGUUCAUUGGAUGCCUCCUGGGUUCCUCUGGGGUGGGAAAUCUCCCACAUGGUUAGUAGGUCUAAUGGGGACCAUCUCAUCGUUAAUUGGAAUCUACCAGACAAUUGUCAAAGGAAGUCCAGGUGGAGUGUGACAGCUGAGAGGAGCAUUUCAUGUUGCAAACUGUAAUUUAGGAUGACCUUGUGAAUGUCCUUAAACAUAUUAGGAUAAACAGACACUGGACCCGAUCAUGGGACAUCAAGACUGAGAAAAGCAAAUCAUUUCUAUCUCAGGAAUAUCCAUCAUCUAUACUGUAAACUCAGGCUAAAAAUAAUGUUUCUAUCCUUUAAAAAUGAUUUUGUACUUACAGCUAAUUUAACAAAUUCAAUUACAUUUCCCUUCUAUUUUGUUUAUUUUCAUUAUUUUUUUUUUUGCUAUGCUCAUAAUCUACAUUAGUGUCCAUAUGGUGACUCUUCCUGUUUAUAUUCAUUAAUUUUGCUUACCAGACAGCACUGAGCUUGUUUCCAUAUAAACCUCAUUUGUUCAAAUUGGGAUUACAUUUAAAAAAAACAAAAUAAUGGAUUAAGGAGAACAAAUGUUGUAGUGUGUUGAAGGAGAAAACGCUCCAUAUUUUACUACGUGGCUAUGCAUGUAUGUGUGAGAAGUUAUAUGUGCUUGGUCCGGUCCUGUAUUGUAAAGUGUGUGUGGCAGAGAUCAGAUCCUUUAAUGUGUAGUGAUUUUUGGGGGAGAUCAGGCCCUGUGUGUGCUGGAAGGGAGAGUACAACAAAUUCUAUGUUGUGCAGCUUGAGUAGAAAUAAGUAAUGUCACAGUGCAGCUUCAGUUUGUUUCAUCGUACUAUGUAUGUGUGUAAAUGGGCCAUGUAGUGUGCACUGAGGUUGUAAAUACACCCUAUAUUUUGCAGUAUGUUUGGGGCAGGACCAGCUCAAGAUAUUGUGCUGCCUGGGUCCGAGACUGAAAUGACCCCCCCCCACACACACACAGUAGUAACAUUACUGAUUAGCAUAUCAACCUACUAGUCUGGCCGCUGACCUCACUAAGCCUGCCUACCUGCAUGCAACCAAUGUUUAUGCACAAUUGCGCAAUAAGUGAGAAGGAAAUUAGGGAAGAGAUGCACUUGUCCCAACUUGAAUGUCGCCCCAGGCUGGUGCAUGAUAAGGUUAUCUUUGUGCAUGAUAAGGUUAUGCUGGUGUGAGCCUGCAACUUCCCCCAUGAAGACAGAAGUGGUCUGGGUCUGACAGUGACUGACUCAGUCACUGAAGUGCUGCUUGGGUUUGUUGGAACCACUUGGUCCCAUGGUUGAGCCGGCCCUGGUUUGGGGAUCUGGCCAUAUGAUUGUGUGUGUGUGGUGGUCUUCAGAUCAUAUAUUUUGUGUACAGUGUGUGAGAGGAAUCAAACCAUGUAUUGGUGUGUGUGUGUGUGUAUGUAAGUGUGUGUAUGUGUGUGUGUGUGUGUGUGUGUAUAUAUGUAUGUAUGUAAGUGUGUGUGUGUAUGUAUGUGUGUGUAUAUGUGUAUGUAUGUAAGUGUGUGUGUGUAGGGAAUCUCUGUACAAUAUAGUCUGUAAGUGAAUCAGAUUCUGCAUUGUACUAUAUGGCAGCUUCACCAUCAAGCUGAAUGUGAGGAGCAAAAUACAGCUGAAAAAAAGAAAAUUUUACAAUCACUUUGUGUGUAGUAUAUUUUGCAAUAAAAUCAAUUGAUGAUUGUACAGAA